UCGGCCGGGCGGGGAUCCCGGGCCCGUCCCGUGCGGCGGCUCCGGCUGCAGCCCGCGGCCGGAAUCGCUUCUCUUUCCUUGAGGCUCUGAGCUCGGGCGCUGCUGUGACAAUACUUUAGACUUUAGCCGUGUAAUUGUCCGGGGCGCCGCUCCCGCCGUGCCCGGCCCGCGGAGCCCGGAAGGGGCGGCUCUCGUCGGGCGGCAUCGCGCUCCGCUCGGGUUUUCUCUUCAAGAACUGCAGCACAGUUUUUCCUACUGCACCUGACCAUUGUCAAUAAUGGCAAGACUCCCAAGAGCUGCACCAUAUACCCUGUGGAUCGUUCUUCUUUCAUAUACAACAAAUGCAGUUGUGACUGCAGGACACGUGCAAGAAUUUGCAUGCUUCACUGACUAUGACAAAGAGCUGGUUUGUCACUGGGAGGUGCCUGCACCAACCAAUUGCUCCAAAGAAUUCCUGCUCUACUACAGCAAGGAAACUUCUUCUGUGUUAAACAUGUGUGUUCCUGAGAAUGAAAAAGACAGUUUAAGGUGCACUUGUACAAUAUAUCCAGAUUAUUUUGUAUCAGGCCUCACAUAUAUUCUAGCCCUACAAUUCAAUGGCACUGAUACGUGGAAUUUCAAUGUUACACCAGCCCUUGUUGUUAAGCCAAGGGCCCCCAAAAAUCUUGCCAUUGAGCAAGCUGAAAAUGGUAACUUCAACCUGAGCUGGGAGGAGAGCCACUCUCAUUCAUCCUUGCUCUCUGGACAGCCAGUCAUCUAUGAAGUGAAGUACUGGAGGAAGCAGCACCCCACAGAGGUUUCUGUUAAAGCAAUUAACUACCAGGCAAAGAGCUUUGAAAUCACUGCCAGCUCCUUGAAGAGAGGCUAUGAUUAUGUUGCAAGUCUCAGGUGUAACUACAUGGACUUCCCAGCCUUCUGGAGUGAAUGGAGUGAAGAAGUUGAAUUUCACUAUGAUUACCAGGUGAAGGCUGAGGACAUUCUGCAGAUGGCUGUGCCCACAUCCUGCAUACUGAUCAUGGCAGGAUCUGUAAUCUGUUACUUCUGUUUCAGCAAGGUGAAGAAAGAAUGGUGGGAUCAAAUCCCAAAUCCAGCAAAGAGCCAUUUGGUUGCAAAAAAUGUCAAGUUUUCAGUUUCGUGCCACUUUGAUGAAAUUAAGUUCCCAUUCCAUGACUUAAAGCAGAGUCAUUUGGAACAACAAAUAAGUUGCAAGAACUGUCUGGCUCAAAGUUUGUCAAGCCAAAACUUCAAGGGAAAAGAUAACAUCAGAAAUGUUGAGAAAUCUUGCAGUUGCCACAGCCAGUCUGGAGAGUGGCUGCCAAAAGGCAGCAGUGCAGUUUUAACCCCUGAUGCAAUUCCAGUGGAAGAGUGUGUAGAAAUCUGUGUGUGUUUGACAGACAGUGAAACUGAGAGCCAAGAAGAAACUGGCAGCCAGGUCAGCGUGUUUGAGCCCUGUGAAGGCAGCACUGGUGCUUUCAGAGAGCACAAUGAGUUACUGGCUAACAUGUUUGAUGCACUCCUGGCAGAUGAAAAUAACAUGCAAGACAAUAAGGGCCCCAACAUCCCCACAGCUGAGAAGAAAACCUUAAAGAACAUUGGGUCAGAAAAUCCAUCACAGCAAAACCCAAAAGAAAGUCCAGCCCAGAGUCUGCAACCAUGUGAUAUUUCUCAUACAGCUCCCCUUUUCACCAGAGCCUCUAAAGAUGACUACAAUUGUAGUACAGCCAGCAAAGAGUCAGAACUAUCAGAAGAAUCCUUUGAAUCUGGCUAUCAGAGCUCCAGUAUAAAUUCUGCUUCUCUGGAUGCAAGAGAUCUUCAACAAAUGGUUCAUCAAAGCCUUUUUCUGUGUGGUUCUGAAAGUGAGCUUGACUCUUGUGUCCUGAUCCAGGACUCUACAGAUAAAUCAUUGUCCAGAACCAAAACAGACAGAAUGAACAGCCCUGCAGACAAGAGUUUUGAUAGCUUUGUGCCUGAGUCCGUGGGUCUGUGUGGUUCUGGCUACAAGAGCUGUGACACCCUCUUGUCUCCAUGCCCAGAGCCCUGUGGCUCUGCCUACAGGAGCUUCAGUGUGCUGGUGUCUGCAGGCAGGGAGCCCAGCAGCUCUGCCUACAGGAGCUUCAGUGCCCUGGUGUCCCAGCCUGUGGCUGGCAGGGGCCUGGCUCUGGCCUUUGCAGGUGAGCCCUCCUCCCUGCCUCUGACAGGUGCCCCAGAGACACCUGAGUGCAGCUGCACAGCUCACAGUGCCCAGCCUGCCAGCAGCCCCCUGUGCCCCAGCAGCUGCAGGUCCCCCAGUGCCCAGCCUGGCAUUCCAAACACCUGUGCAGAACACACUGAUGUUCUGUCUUUCUCCACACCUGCAAAUGAAGGUGCUGCAGCUUUUCUUUCAGAGGAAGAGACACAUAAGCCAGUAACGUAUCAAAAUGUUCAAAGGAAAGCAAAUAUAAUUCCUUGCCCCACUGCACCUCAGCCACCUGGUUAUCAGCCUUUUGGCAGUGCAGGUAAACAGAGCAGCCUGUACUGGGACAGUGACAGUGAGGUUCUCUCAUCACUAGAUGAGUCCUUCACUCAUCUGUGCAACAACCUGAGUGAAGCACCUGCAGACACUGCACUCUGUGAAGCUGGCCUGAGGCUUGGACUGUGCAGGGCUCUGCCUGCACCACUGUCCCAGGUUUAGCCCCUGGUGAGAAUGCCACAGACUGGUGAUGGCAGCCCUCAGAUCAGCAGUGCUGAUGAGCUGUCUGUGAUAGCAAUGGUGGAAACCCCAGCAGAGGAACAGCUGCUGCAUUUGUUAGAGAUGAAAUGUCAAGAUUUAAACAGCAGAGGAAGAGCUACAAAGGGAACAAAAUGGAAAAGCUUUAACCCUUCUGGUAAAGGUUACCAGCAGGAGGGUGGUGAUAACAGACUAAAAUACUGACUUGCACUGCCACUCCCACAACCCCUUGAGGGAACUUGGAGAUGCAGGGGAAGUGAAGAGGUGCUGAAGAUGCAGAUGGGGCUGGCUCAGCAGCUUGGCUGGGCAGUACUGGGCUAGACUUAGAAAACUGCAGGGCCCCUGGAGCUCCGUGGCUCAGACAAGGUGGUACCUUGUCAUCUUGUAACUCCUCUCCUGAUUCUCACAGUGUGUGGGGACUCCAGACUGGCACUUGCAGUUAAAAAAAAGACCAGUAGGACUGUUAAUGGAAAACAGCAGGAAGAAUGAGAAAAAAAUGAAACUUGUGCAAACCCUUGCCCAAGAGGAUAACUGCUGUAUGGAGGCAGCCUGGCCACAUAGUUCAGGGACUAGACUGAACCAGUCUUUGGAAAUAAACUGCAUGGCAGGUUGAAUUGUUGCUUGUUUUUCAAUCAUGACUGAAGUGAGGGCUGCUCAGGUCAGCCAUGGUUCAUUGGGUUGUAGCACUCCUGCUGCCUGGGACUGGCAGCUGGGGCAGGACAGACCCUGGGACAGCUGGGGUUAGCAGGGACAGGGCCAGAGCUGGUGUCUCCACCUGACAGCAGUCUCUGAAAGGGAGCAGCAGCUCCUAGUGCAGCCUCUGGUUAUUGUCCUGGCUGGGUGUUGCCUGGGAAGCACACAAAGGUGAUGUGGAACGUUCUGACACACCUGAAAGUGGGAUAUAGGUCUGGGUCCAAAGGGAAGGUGAUUGAUUUAUCACACAGCUUCCAUAACUUACUUAUUUUGGGUUCCAUAACUUAUUUAAGUCCUGUGUGUUUAGCCCUGGCAUGGGAUAUUUGUUUCUAUAUCUGCUCAAUUAAAUAAAGAUUUUCUAUACCUGCUCAAUCAAAUAAAUGAAAGUUGCACUUA